GUACCACUAAUUGUCCCAAUAUGUAGAAGUGGUACUGGUUUUUUCUAUUGCAAUGGCUAGAACAAAGAUCCCAGCUAUGGCAUCCCUUGUAACACAACAAUCUGAUGCAGGAAUGGCCAAAACAAAGAUACCAGCUACAACAUCUGCGAAAAAUAAACAACCUGUUGGUUAUGUUUCUCAGCAAGUAGUAGUCCGCUUGGGGGACUCCCGUGAUUAUAAUGCUAGGCCUAGUAGGAAACGACCACGCGAUGAGGUAGCCAAGAGUUCCAGGAAGGAGAAGAAGCAACGGAAUGUUCCAGGAAGGAGAAGAAGCAACGGACAGUGUGAGGACAACCUUCACUGUUAACCGGAAUAGGAGCUAUAGCAAUGGAAAUCGGCAUGUCCUGUUGGUGUGGUUCCUUG